GGUCAGAGAGGGAAACCCCGGCGGGGAGCCUCGGCCCAGAAAGCAGCGGCCGUCGGAGGUGGCUUCGGCAGCCGAUGUGGCCUCAUGGAUGAGCUGGUACAUGACUUAGCCUCAGCCUUGGAGCAAACAUCUGAGCAGAAUAAGCUUGGUGAGUUGUGGGAGGAGAUGGCCCUGAGCCCUCGGCAGCAGAGGCGGCAGCUCCGGAAACGCCGAGGCCGGAAGCGUCGUUCUGACUUCACUCACCUGGCGGAGCAUACCUGCUGCUACAGUGAGGCCUCUGAGUCAAGUCUGGAUGAGGCCACUAAGGAAUGUCGAGAAGUGGCCCUGGUCACUAAUUUUAGUGACUCUGAUGACACAAUGGUGGCCAAACGGCACCCAGCUCUCAAUGCGAUUGUUAAGAGUAAGCAACAUUCUUGGCAUGAAUCUGAUUCUUUCACUGAAAAUGCACCUUGCCGACCACUUAGGCGCCGGAGGAAGGUGAAGCGAGUGACAUCAGAGGUGGCUGCCAGCCUUCAGGAGAAGCUGAAGGUGUCAGAUUGGAGCUAUGAGAGAGGCUGCAGGUUCAAGUCUGCUAAGAAGCAGCGUCUGUCUCGCUGGAAGGAAAAUACGCCCUGGACUUCAUCAGGCCAUGGGUUGUGUGAAUCAGCAGAAAAUAGAACUUUCCUAAGCAAAGCAGGAAGGAAAGAAAGAAUGGAGUGUGAAGGUGAUGAACAAAAACAGGGCUCUGAUGAGAACAUGUCAGAAUGUGAAACCAGCAGUGUGUGUAGCAGCAGUGACGCUGGGCUCUUUACCAAUGAUGAAGGACGACAAGGAGACGAUGAGCAGAGUGAUUGGUUCUAUGAAGGAGAAUGUGUCCCAGGAUUCACUGUCCCAAACCUUCUGCCCAAGUGGGCUCCUGAUCAUUGCUCUGAGGUAGAAAGAAUGGAUUCCGGACUGGAUAAACUCUCAGAUUCCACAUUCCUUUUACCGUCUCGGCCAGCUCAAAGAGGGUACCAUGCUCGCUUGAAUCGUCUGCCUGGAGCUGCAGCUCGAUGCCUCAGAAAGGGGCGAAGAAGGCUGGUUGGAAAGGAGACCAGCAUAAGUACUUUAAGUACUGAGAGGAUAAGCCAUAUCAUUAACGACCCUCUGCAGAAAGAAAAGAAUAAAGCGUUGGCUUCUGAUUUUCCUCACAUUUCUGCCUGUGCACAUGAGUUUAAUCCCCUGUCUCCCCUCUACUCCCUGGAUGUUCUUGCGGACGCGUCUCACCGGAGAUGCUCACCAGCCCACUGUUCUGCCAGACAGGCAAACGUGCACUGGGGACCACCAUGUUCACGUGACAUCAAGAGGAAACGGAAGCCUGUGGCCGCAGCAUCUCUCUCCAGCCCCAGUGCAGCUCACACGGAUGUAGUGGAGCCAACCACACCAGCAUCACAAGCCCCGAAAUCUUCAAACUCUGAGUGGUUGAUCAGGACCUCUGCCGCAGAGAAAGCCACAGACUCAACUACAGCAGCGUUUUUUAAAAUGCCCCAAGAAAAGAGCCCUGGAUACAGCUAGAGAGCGCUAUUUCAGCCACCAGGAGUUGGCUGGGUGGUGUUGAAGCAAAUGUUAGACUUUGUGUUUUAUAUAUUCUACCUAUCUUAAUUGACAUUCCCAAUCCUUUCUACCGGAACCAACUCCUCUUCCAACACAGCAGCGGACUCUUUCUCUUAGGAAUCAUGUUGUGGGAUCUUUUUUGUGUUUGUUUUUAAUUAGUAAAGUAUUGAGGCAGCAGGUUUUUUUUUUAACAAAAAGAUCAUCUUUUGCUCUGUUACAUUAUUAUUGCUGCCCCAACAUUUACCUGCAGCUCCAUUUACAGAGCUGUUGCUUUUUUGCAGUCAUGUCUUUGUUCUCAAAAAGCUGGUAACUGCUUUUGUAUACCAUUUGUGCAGCACUUUUAAUAUCAUUUGAGGAAGCCCCACAUUUGCAGCCAGUUCUAAACAAAUUUAAGGCCCAUAAGGAAUUGUGUUCGCAGGAGAUUAGGUUUGCCUUUGAGCCUAGUCUUGGUUCACUCAGAGUGCCAAUGAGAUAAAUCAACCAAGUUCUCAAAUGGGGGCCUCCCAAAGAGGCAACUAGCAAUGUGGGCUUUGGGAACUUCUUCCACUUUUCUGCAGAUGGUCUAACGGGACCAUCAGCAGAUGCAUUGUAUUUAACUCGUCCCCAAAGUUUGUGUUCCACCAAAAGAGGACACACACAGAUUGGUGUAGUGAAAAAUUGGUUUAGAUGUACAGCAGACUUAAAGUAGUCAAAGGAUUGUGUCUUACUAUUAAUACUUCCUGUCCAGUGUAAGCCUUUAUGUCCUAAGUAGGACUUUAUUAGUAGUGUUAUAGGUCAAUACCCGGCAGCAGUAUCUAUUACAAUGCUGGCUUCUUGGGGCCAUGCUUUGGGGAGGAAAAAUGUCUCGGACAUGCCUUUAUACUUGGCGUGUUUAUGACGGCUCGACUACAUGUAGAGUUGUAUAUACAGUCGUGCCUGAAGUUAAAUGCUACCUUGUCAAAAUGAGGAACAGGUGACUGCCCAGACCUGCUGGAGAAAAACCACACUUUCUAAAAAGUAUUAUUAAGAGUGUCUGUCAUUCAAGGGCCUGAUUGAUAGGAGGGCUCUUUUUUGUACAAGUUGAGUACUUGUACGCUGGAAUACACAGGAGCUGUUUGCCGAGUGCUCACUGCUUUAACCCAUUCCUACUCCUGCACUGUCUUAAAUAGGUGCUGAGUGGGGCAGUGCCUCGUUUCCCCAAAGUGCGAUUGUCCCUUUUUCCCACACAGAAUGUAAUUGUGGGCCACUUUAUCAUGUUCCCUUUAAAAAUCAUAGUCCUUAUCAGUGGAAACUAUAGAAUUUCUUUAUAGAAAUAUAAAGACGGUGGGUGGAUGUGAAUCUAGUUGGAAAGGGGAACUUUCAGCUGAGUUUACACAGCACUUUACAUAAGAUUGAAAACAUGUCAAUUGUUCUUAACAAGGACUAUGGUGGAGGGAGGGGGCAGAGAGAGGUCAUGGGAUGGGAGGGGUAGUGCUAAAGCCAACCCAGCAUCCUUCAGAAUCACUCCGUGUUCUCCUGUAGUAGAAGAGAACUACUUCAGAGAGUUUCAAGGCUGAACUUGCUUCCCUAUGGGCUGCACCCAUAGAAGUGUAGAAAAUGUAAUGUCUGUUGAGUAUGAAAUGGCACCAGUGAAUUAUUGUAGUGAUGAAGGUACGCUUUAUUGUCAUACGCAUUCUUACCUAGUCCCCACAGGGACCUGUGGCACAUAUUUCUAGCGUACUUGGUUGGGUUUUAAGGGAGAAAUCUAUGGACUUAGUUUUUUUUAUUUGUGUCAAGUUCUGAAUCUCAUCCAGAGAUUGGUCCUAUGCUCACCGGCUGUUAAUUAAAACCUCCGCAGGUCAGGUGGCCAAGAUGUUGCCUAAUAGUCUUCCUUUCUACCACGAAGCCAUGUCAUUUUAGAUGAAAACAGUCACAGAAUUGAGUGACUUGCUCAAACUCACAUAACUAGGUCAGGACUAGCAUCCCAGACUUACAGAUUUUCUCUGGCUUAGGUUAGAAUCUAUUUUCCAGCGACAGAUCUGAGUCAGUCUGAGACCAAUAUUUGUGAAACAAUAUGUCGUGAAUGUUUAUCGUCUUUCUGGGGUGUGCUUUUCUAUACAUUUUGAGUACUUUCUUUUCUUUUUUUUUUUUUUGUAGAGACAGAGUCUUCACUUUAUGGCCCUCGGUAGAGUGCCGUGGCCUCACACAGCUCACAGCAACCUCCAACUCCUGGGCUUAAGUGAUUCUCUUGCCUCAGCCUCCCGAGUAGCUGGGACUACAGGCGCCCGCCACAACGCCCGGCUAUUUUUUGGUUGCAGUUUGGCCGGGGCCGGGUUUGAACCCACCACCCUCGGUAUAUGGGGCCGGCGCCUUACCCACUGAGCCACAGGCGCCACCCCAUUUUGAGUACUUUCAACAAAGAUCACCCAAGAAUGCAACAUCUACCUAUAAUAAAUGGAAAGAAAAUUAGUUGCCAGAGAGACUAGAAUAUUAAGCACACACAUGCUCUGCAACACAGGGUUGUAAAUUGUGUUCCUCAUUUUAAGGUGCUGCGUGUGCACGCUUAAGGGAUUCUCCUUUCUGUAUUACCCAAUUCCACAGGAUAAACUUAGAAUUGAGUGUAUUUUGAAUCUUACAAUUUAAAUAUUUGUUUUAUAUGGCACAGCUGUAUAUGUUAUAAAUUAAGAAAAAUCUAUUACCAUUCAAAGAAAGAUACAAUUAAAAAAUCAGAUUUUGUCAUCAGUGUUGAAAAAACUCUGAUAGCUUGACUUAGACUUUGAGGAUGCUCCUUGAGUCCAUGUGUUUGAUCUGCUAAGAAGUAAUAACUAAAGCCGAGUUCUGCAGUUUUUAUUUAAUCAGGGUUCUGAUUUAUCCUAGCUGGCUAUACUACAUAGAGGUUGCCCGUCUGAAUCCUAAUCUGUGUGUUUUCUACCGUGGGCAAAAGUCAAGACAUUAUCUGUUUACUUCUAUGAGAAAUUUUUCAUAAAAAGUUGGUUUUACUUACCAGUUUAAGGGAAUUGAAGAGAUUAUUUUUCAGAUGCAGUAUUUUUAAGGAACAGCUUCAUUUGUACCAAAACCUCUUACGUUGCUUUUUGGUAAGAAUUGAUUAGAAGAGGAAAUUAACAGCUGCUUGCUUGGUACCAAAUUUGGAUGGGGUAGAGUAUAAUUUUUACUAAGGGCUAGAUAAUUGGAAAAUAGGCCACAUUUUAGCCUUGAAUUCUUUCUUUCUUUUUUUUUUUUUUUGUUUUUAGACAGAGUCUCACUCUGUUGCCCAGGUUAGAGUGCCAUGGUGUCAUAGCACAGCAAACUCAAACUCCUGGACUCAAGUGAUCCUCUUGCCUCAGCCUCCCACAUGGAUGGGACUACAGAUGUCCACCACAAGGCCCAGCUAAUUUUUCUACUUUUAGUAGAGACGGGUCUCACUCUUACUUGGGUUAGUCUUGAACUCCUGAGCUCAAGGGAUCCACACACUUCAGCCUCCCAGAGUGCUAGGAUUACAGGUGUGAGCCACUGCACCUGGCCUAGCCUUGAAUUCUUUAAAAAUCAAUGCAAUUGAAAAUUUCAGAGGACAUAGCUUUGUUGGGCUAUGAUAUAGGCUACAAACAAGGCCAUUUUUAUGACAAACUUACCAAAAGCCAAAAUAAAGCAUCUUCGUCUGGGAUUCUGACGUAUCCUUUGUUAAGUACAACACUGAGUACAAGUAUUAAACUCAUUGGGAAUCCCAAAUAAGUCAAUCUGAUACAGCUUUGCAUUUUGGAGUCUGGGAUACAUCCAUGCAUCUGUCCCGCAGCCCGGGAAGUGGGGGUGCUGCAGAGCAGAGGGGCAGAGUUAUUCGCUAAGUCACUUGGAAUUGAAAAAGUUAGUGUUGAGACGAGGAGCUAGGUUGGCACAGUCAUUACUGACGUGAUGCGUUCUCCACCCUGGCUCCAGGUAGAGACUCCUGGUGAUGCAGGAUUCAUUUCAGGUUUUUGUUUUAUUUGGGCUUCAUUACUGUGGUUCCAAGCCCCACGCUUUUGUUUCUGUGGGGAGAAGGCUUUGUAAAAAUCUCAGCAUUAGAGGCUGCAGCUGCACUCAGUGUCCUGUGUGUUUUACGAACCUUGCCUGAGCCAGAUGAGAGCGAGGUGGCUUGCCGCAGCAACUAGGGGUGCAGUCGAGUUGGAGGCAUAGUUCGGAGGGAUGAGAGAAGCGGUUUCCGCCUGUUGGCGGCUGCUUUGCUAACCCUUGAACUGCCGGUUUUACUUGUCUGUUAUGUCCUUAUCUCCCAGUCUCCCGUCAGGAUGGUUAGCGGAGUCACUGUCACUGGCUACGGUCAGGAUGGGUUCCUGCCUCAUGAGAACAUUGGUACAGAGGGAAAAGGUGAAGAAAAUGAUGGGUUCCACCAUCAAGCACUAAUGCAAAUGGCUCAGAGAUGCUUUCUCCGAUAUUAAAAUCACAAAAGAUGAAUGUCAGAUGCCUGGAAAGAGCAACAUCAGAAAGAAAUGAAGAUGAGCAGUAUUGCUGAAAACGUGGAUCACUCAGUGUUUUGUUUUGUUUUGUUUUUAGAGACAGAGUCUCACUUUGUCACCCUCAGCAGAGUGCUGUGGUGUCACAGCUCACAGCAACCUCCAGCUCUUGGGCUUAGGUGAUUCUCUUGCCUCAGCCUCCUGAGUAGCUGGGACUACAGGCACCCGCUACAACGCCCGGCUAUUUCUUUUUUGUUGUUGUUGCAGUUUGGCCGGGGUUGGGUUUGAACCCGCCAUCCUCAGUAUAUGGGGCUGUUGCCCUACUUACCGAGCCAUAGGCGCCGCUUGAUCACUAAGAUUUUAACAAGCCCAGCAAAACAGAAUCAUGGCCAGAAAAAGAAAAUUUCCUGCUGCUGUAAUAGACAUCAUGAACACUUGGUGAAAUUGCCCGAUUUGGGAAAUAAAUGUUCUUCCAGUAUAGUAUUGAAGAAUGGAAUAGAUCCUGUCAACAAGGAAAGGAAUCUUGGCAAGGUUGAGAAGUGGAAAGCAAGGGGAAGAGAUGGGAGAUUCGUACCGCAGGGCUUCUCAAAGUGUGGUCCCUACACCAGUAGCAUCAGCAUGUUUUCACCCUCGCCAGACACGCUGAAUCAGAAACUCCAAGGAUGAGGUCCACCGAGCUUUCAACAAGCCCUCCAGGGGACUCUGGUGCAUGUUAAAGGUUUUGAUCCAUAGGCUUUGCCACUGUUAAAAAGUUUUAAUGUACUAUAUCCUCCUAAGGUCUGAGGGGCUCCUAUAUCCCCUCCAUAAGUAAAGAGAUGUUUUGUGUACGAUUCUUUGCAGACACUGUUCAUGUCUUUAUUUCCCAUAUUUGUUUUUAUCCCACAAACUCCUGAAAAAUCCUCUGGAAAUACCGAGGAAGGAUGAUAUGGAGGAAAAUGCCGUCAAAGCCAUGUUUAUAUGGGUGGAAAUCAUCUUUUUAAAAUGGAUAAAAAUAUAGCCAUUUGUAGUCUAUGAAUGAUAGUUUUUUUCACAAUGGACAGUAAAAAAUAUUUGUGCAAGGCACUUCCACCUCUGAGUUUACCCUGUAUUUUCCAGCAUGAUAAUGAUAAAUCCUUUAAAAUAUGGCUUAUAAAUAGCCGGGCAUUGUGGCGGGUGCCUGUAGUCCCAGCUACUUGGGAAGCUGAGGCAAGAGAACCACUUAAACCCAAGAGUUGGAGGUUGCUGUGAGCUGUGAUGCCAUAGCACUCUACCGAGGGUGACAUAGACUCUGCUUCUCUCUGUUUCUCUCUCUCUCUGUGUAUGUGUAUAUAUAUGUAUAUGAUACAUGACUUGUAAAAAUGAAAAAACAAUUAGAAGAGAAACCACUUUGGGUACAUGGGUGUGUAAUAAAUACCUCAGUAGUUCAGAGUGUGUAAAAAUCAAUUUCCCAUGAUUUUUACAUGAUCUUUUGUAGUUACCCCUAUUUUAGAUUUCAGCUAGUGAUUCUGCAGAGUUGGAGACCCAAUAGCAAUACCAUGCUAUUUUUUGUUGUCAGACUUAAUGGGUUCAACGUUUCAGACUAUGAUAUCUAAUCUUAAAGAGGUUUGAAAAUAAACCACAACCAGUUUUUCUUUAUAUAAUAUUUUAUUUGUGUUAAUUAGGCUGGGCCCUGAUGUUGCUGAAACCUAGGCACCCAAGUUGUGACUUUUAGGAAUAUGGGUGGCUGAAGAGUUCACUGGGUUUGCAAAGAUAUGCUGGGUCUCUAGUAUUGUUUCCUUGGGUGCUCAUGUGUGGAGACUAGCUCUCACGUCAUUUUUUACAAUCUUUUAAAACAUCAUGUAAUUUUUCUUUUCCAAGUUGAAUACCAGCUAAAAUUACCUCUAGCCAAAAAUGUGAGUGUUACUAGUUACUGUCAAGUCUGAGAAAAGAUCACGCUUGUAGUCUUACCACUUUAGGAGGCUGAGGCAGGUGGAUCUCCUGAGCUCAAGAGUUUGAGAGCAGCCUGAGCAAGAGCAAAACCCUGUUUGUAGACUAACAAAGAAAAAUUAGCCAGGCAUUGUGGCAGGUGCCUGUAGUCCCAGCUACUGGGGAGGCUGAGACAGGAACAUGGCUUGAGCCCAGGAGUUUGAGAUUGCUGUGAGCUGUGACGACCCCAGGGCACAGAGUGAGCUCUGUCCCCCCCCCAAUGUAAAUUAAUGUUUUCUUUCUCUAAACAUUAAUCUGACUCUUGCAGACCCCUCAUUUAAAUGUUUUUUAAUUGGCAAAAGAAAGAAAAUAUCCCAGAACUUAAAAACAGCUUUGACACAAAACCAGUGCCCAUUUUGUUGUAAAUAGACUCUACAUCUUGCUUCUCCCAGGGGGUGAUGGAAAAAAACUCAUGACCAUGCAAACUGAUGCCACCUCAAAAUCAUGGCAUGGAUUUGAAUGCUGUCAGUUUUGAUCAGUCAGCCCCCCGCUGUUGUCAGCAGCUGUUGCAAACUGGCCAUUCUAAACCCUUUCUGCCCCCACCUCUCAACCUCAGCAGCUCAUCUCAGCCCGUCUCCCACUAGGUAACAGUCUGUGGCAGAACUUCCCACUUACUUACACCCUUCAUCUCUGCCUUCUUGUGCCUACCCUGCCCAGGACUAUUCCUUUCUGUGCCCAGAAGAUGCCUUGCUCAAUCUCACUGCGGCCUCUCACAGAACAGCACACUUAGCAUUGCGUUUAUACAUGUUCAGUGACUCUUCCUUCAAACAAAAAUAUCCUUCCUCAACCCUUCAAGCCCCAGACCACCACCAAAGUAUACUGCCUGCCCUCCCUCACCUUGCACUCUUGUUAAUUCUGCAGUCCUCUGAAGCAGUGGUUUCUACCCCUGGCUGCACAUGAGAGUUACCUGAGGAGCUUUAAGAAAUCCUAAUUCCCUGCCUAGACUACAGACCAAUUACAUCAGAUUGGGAGGUGGGGACAGGCUUCAGUCUUUUUAAAAAUGUACAACUGGGGCUGAGACCCACUAUGCUAAAACCUGGCUGCUACAUUUGCCACCGUUAAGAUGGUUCUUGCUGGAUUCAUUGAUGAUAUGGAUGAUGCCUAGCUACUUCCUUCUUUUUAGACUUCUUCGCUUUGCUGGUUUUUCUCUACAUUGCCCUUAGUUUCCACAGGCAGGGCAGGAUGGCUGGCAGGUCGGCCAGCACUGACUGUUGGUCUGUCUCCGCUGCUGCCUCCAUUCCUGCAGUGGAUACCUGCAUGCUCAGGAGUUCCUUUGCCAUUCCUCCUUAAUGCACUAAGGGAAACUAAAAACCAUUAGAGUUAGUUUCUAUCUUCUUGAUAAAACGUGAUUUAAACAAUGAUUAUUUUAAGCUAAUUAAUUAGAGCUCUUUUUAUGUAAUAUGGUAGUAAAAUAUCACAUCCAAAUGACAUGUAAAGACCCAUAGAGACACACAGACAGAAGCCAUUGUAAUGGUUCUUCUAUAAAAAUAUUUUACUUGCUGGCUCUUAUAUAUUACUGUUUUUUUUAAAUUCAGAUUAGCAAUUGUUAAUUACCUAUUUUACUGCUUUUAAGCAAAUACUAGCUGGGCAACAAUUUCCUUUUAGUAAAGUUUUGCCUUUUCUGUCGGUUUUUGCCACGUUCAGGGCCUGAUACUUACACAUGUCCAGGUCAGGCAGCCCCAGGAGGUUGCCUACUCAGUUCUUCAGAACUUAAGGGUCCUACUUCAAGACAUGAUUGCAAGAGGGACUUUGCCUAACAAUUGCAAUCAAUGUAACCUGGCUUAUUGUACCCUCAGUGAAUCCCCAACAAUAAAAAAAAAAAAAAAAGGAUCCUACUUCACCUUCAGUUUUGACUUUGGUUCCCAGCUCUCCAAGACCAACUUAAGCAAUGAUCUUUCCUUACUCAAACACACAAAGGAGCAAAAGGAUAGAACACAGAAAUCUGAAUUCCUGAAAGCUGGAGUUAGCACCGCCUGUCAUAUUGACAUUUACUGUUAGUUUCUGCCUGACCCAGUCGGACAUAUGAGGCCUCUAACUGGAUCUAAGCUUAUUAUCAGACCCAGUCUGAUCCAGACCUAGUUUAGUUUCUCAUAACUUCUAGAUUCAGUUAGUAUUAAAAAUUUGGUCAAAAAAAUUUUUUUUGCUCAAAACACAAAUCUGUAGCAUUUUGAAAUCUAAGAGGGAACUUACCCACAAGCCUCAGUUGUAAUGAGAGAGAGCGAAAGACAAAAGGUCCAGCAUUUACCUUGCUUGGACUCUUGGUGCUCCUGGGAGACUCCGGGAGCUUUAUCUUGAACCACUUAAUAAUAAAAAUUAAGUUUAACAAUUUAAAUAGAGCAAAGAGCAGUUCAGAAAUUGGGCAGAUGAACUGGAAGAGGUUGAAAAAGACUAAUGCUGAGGGAAUUCAUGGACAGAAAAAAGAAAGUGACAUACAGAUAAUAGAAAUAGCUGGAUUGGUUACAGCUCAGCAUUUGCCUUACUUAAAUACAGCUUAAACAGUCGGCAUCUUUGGCCAAAACACCAGUGAUUUGGGAAAAGAGGAAGGAGUAGAAAGGAGUAAAGAUGAAUGGAGCAAACUUCAGCACAAACAGCUGGCAUUUUGGUUUUGAACUUCUAACGUAUCCUUUUAAGUGAAACUAAUAAACCUUAACCAAGGUUAUAACCUCAUCAAAGAAGCAAGAGGUGUCUUUAAAGAAUAGAGAACAGUUUUUGCAAGAUCUAGAAGAGGCACAAAUGCACCUCCAAGAAAGAAAAGUCUAGACACCCAUAAACGACAUGUAGCUCACAAUAUUUUUGUAUGGCCAUGUUUUCUGGGUCCCAGUUUUUCAGCUGACCAUUCAUACAUAAAUAUCUAAAGGCCCCAUAUGUCUGCAGAAUACAGGAAAGCAAAAGCUGUGCACAGAAGGGAAGAGAACCAAUGAAUGGAGAAAGUUACAGAAAUAUCAAACCAGAACAGGCUCAUUCCCUGCUCGGGAAUCAAACGUAGGCUACUGAGGUGAAAGCACAGAACUUUAACCAUUAGGCCACAAGGUAAAUUGGCCUCUGUCAGUAUGCCCACAGGGGCAGUGUUCAAAGGACGUUCUUUUAAAUCUUCAUUUUAGAUUAGAUAUUUACUCUUCAGUUUUGUCAAGAGAAUUUUUAAGGCUAGCCAGAACAUUCUGUGUCUUUCUUUCAAUCUAAUUCUUCUAUUAAUGCAAAUAAGGCAAUUAUUUCAAAUAAGAGAUCUCUAAACAAAUUUUAAAGAAAAUUUAGAAGUCCUUUAAAGUAUCCAUCUUUUAGCCAUUAUAUUUAUUGCAAAGGCAACUCAACCCAGUGCCUCUUCGUACUAGGUGGUAAUUUUCCAGGUUUAGCCUGGAGUGGGCACAGAGAAGGCAGGGCUGAUUUGAGCAUUGGGCUUGUAGGGUUCUAGGCCCACGUUUCACCCGACAACCCUCUUUGUGACAAAAACAACACAGAGAGACAAUCAACGAAAGAACAACAAUAAUAAUAAUUCCUGAGAGGGGAUGGAAUCAAUAUGAAUAUUCAGACCACAGAGUACCAAGAAAUAGAACAAUACCGGAGCUGCUCGUAAGACUGUUCACUCAUGAAAACUUUUCUCUCAUUCAUUUUAAAUUUGGAAAGGACAGCAAUCCUUUACUAUCUGCUCAACUGGAGUCUAACUAGGAAGUAAGGUAUCAUAAUCAUGCUGCCAUCUAGUUAGGGUUCUGAUUUUCCUCCCUGCAGCUUUUAGAACAGAGAGGUUUUGAGAUUCUGUCGACUGUGUAAACUGUAAGGGUUAGGGGAAACUUGUCCUUUCCCCUCCAAGUUUGCUGAAAGAUCAACUCACACUUAAGGCAGAUUAAUAAGAGAAAGGUUUGUUUACCAUGUGUAUGAGGAGAAAUCACCGAGUGAUUCCCAACAUCCCAGUGAAAUUCAGAUAUUUUUUUAUACAUGCCUUUUAGAUGUAAAGAGAGGAAAAUGAAAAUAGGUAAUUCUGUUAAGGGGCUAUAAACUUUUCUAGGGAGUAUGAAUGGAUGGGGGAAACAGAUUGACUUGUAAAUUAACCUGAGAGACAGGUAUUGUGUUUAAAAUACUUUGGGCAGGUCUGGUUGCAUUCUGCAAUAUAUUGCGAUAACAGGGAGAGGAAGGAAAGUCAAUUGUGCCCUUUGACCUUUUGAUCAGGUCAGUCCAGUUUGUGCAGAUAGAGGGAAAGUCUCUUCCAGGGUUCUGUUAGUCUCUAAGAGUCUUUAAUUGGAAAUAUUCUUUAUACCAAGGAGUCCAGUGUUUGGGGAUGAGAUUUCCUGAGCUCUGUCAAGCCUCUUCUAUCUAAUGCUCUCUUCACUCUUUGACUUUCUGGUGCUGUUA